CAUUUGUUAUACUACCAAAUAUGAAUUCAAGAUCAAGAACCAUUUGUGAAAUUCAUAUUUGUGCUACCGCGGUAUUCACUGAUAAGCCCCAUCGGGUCUAUGUGAGGAAGAAGCAAAGGGAGAUUGGAGCGCGUGUGGAAGAAGAGUAGAGCACGUGAGUGAUAAAUAAAUGUAUAUAAGCCUGUAAAUAAGAAAGAGUCGGGCAUAUCGUAAGAGUGGUGUGAGAAGAGAGUCGUAUGUGAUCUCUGAGGAGUGAGAAUAUGGCUUAGCUGCGUCUAAGGCUCUUACGGUUACAGUUCCGAUAACAUUGUAUCUUCAUUCAUAAAUACAAAAGAGUGUUUCUAUUCUAUCAACUGGUGCGCUUGUGAUCUGCGAUCGAAUCGAAUGCAAGAGAAAAUUAGGUUUUCACACAAAUUGGGGAUUUUCUUAAAUCGGAGAAAUUAGAAGAUCAAGAUGGUGAUGGAGCAAGUUUUGACACCGGUGAAGGAGUUUUUGAUAUCGGAGCAAGCAUCCGUAGAGAUCUUUGAUCAGUUAGCUGCUUUGGGAACCAAGAUUCGUGAAUCUGAGAAUCGCACAAGUGAGAAAUUCGCGGAGCGCGAGAUGAAAGAGAUUCUUCGCAAGCUUGAUUUCUUGAUUGCUUCUGGUCCUGCGACAGAGACGGUUCGUGAAGUUGGUGGUUCGAGUCAAUCCGGAGCCGCAAGACCUCAAGAUCGCCGCAACCAGGUAUCUUUCUAUCCUCUGGAACCUUGCCUUAGUCAAAUUAGGCCUGGGCUUAGAGAGAAUUUAUUCCGCAACGUGGAAAUGGCUAUAUUCGAAGGCGUUGGAAUAUAUGGUUGGAUUGCUCGAGUUGAAAGAUUUUUCAGAAUGGGAGGUUACAACGAAGCGGAGAAGCUGGCUUUAGUGUCAGUAAGCUUACAAGGAGAAGCUCUGAGCUGGUUUAAUUGGGAGGCUAACAGAAGACAAUUCGAGAAUUGAGAACAGUUUAAAGCUGCUCUGAUGUUACGGUUUGGCAAUCUGAAGAUUCGAGGACCGAGUCAAAGCUUGUUUUGUAUCAAACAAACAGGUUCGAUUUCAGAUUAUGUGCAGAGGUUUGAAGAUUUAUCCUCACAAGUAACAGGAUUAGAUGAUCAGAAAUUGGAGGGUAUCUUUCUGAAUGGGUUGACGAGGGAAAUGCAAGAAUUGGUUCAUAUGCAGAAGCCUUGAGAUCUUCCUGAAAUGAUAGCGGAAGCAAGAGCUAUGGAAGAUAGUUUAAUGCGCAUGGUGGUUUAGCGAGAGUUACAAAUAGUUGAUAAGGAACUUAAAGAGUCAAAUGCUUCUGAUUACAAGAGUAACUACAGCCACUUCAAUAAUACUUGGAAGUCGAAGAUGAUAACUACCGACGUAACACAAGGUCAUGACAGACAAGUAAACAGAAAUGAGCAGAGACCAAAGAGACACAAUACUGGUGCAGAGUUAGAUGAGAAGAGAAGGAAGGGUAUAUGUUUUAAGUGUGAUGGACCUUACUCUAAAGAUCACAAAUGUCCGAAUAAGGAGCUUAGGGUUCUCACAAUAUUAAAUGGUUUUGAAGUAGAGGUAUUGGAGGAUAACAAAGUGGAUACGGGGAAUAUGUGCAUCUCAGAGCCAGUUGGAGAAUGCAUGGCCUUAUCAUUCACCUCGUAUAGAGGAAUAUCAUCUCCUUCAACAACUAAAACAAGAGGUACGGUGGGUACAUCGGAUGUGAUCAUCAUGUUGGAUAGUGGUGCCACUCACAACUAUAUCUCACCUGCGGCAGUCCAGAAGCUCAAACUGAAGUGUAGAGA